AUGUCAGCAUCAACAGCUCUCGUCCAGCAUUUAAAGAGCGUCAUUCCUCAAAGUGAUCGCUUGUCGCUCCGUGAGAGCGUGAUUCCAGCGGUUCUUGACGCCAUCACCGGCAUCGCCAAGACGCUGCACGCCUCUCAACACGUCUCCCUGGCUGGAACCUCGAAUGCCUUUGGAGAUGAUCAAUUGAACGUUGAUGUUCUGUCCGAAAAUGUCAUGCGGGAGGCCAUUGCAAGAUGCCCUUCGAUUCUCACAGCGAGCAGUGAGGAGGAUCCUGUAGAGAAGCCGGCAAGACCAACUAGCGAAGCAACCGGCACCCCCGCGACAUCAGAAGAAUACACCAUCGCCUUCGACCCUCUUGAUGGCAGCUCCAUCAUUGCACCAAAUUGGACAGUCGGAACUAUUGUUGGUAUCUGGGAUGGGCGGACAGCCGUAGGCCAGUCGCCGGCAGAGAAACAGAUUGCGGCUAUCAUGGGUGUGAUCGGACCUCGGACUACGGCCAUUAUGGCGCUGAGGAUCCCCGGUGCAGACUCCGCAUGCUUCGAGAUCGGGUUUGGCCCGAACGGAGUCGCGGACUGCGAAAUUAUCCGCACCUCCGUCAAGUUUGCUGAUGGACCUUUCAAGACGCGCUAUUUUGCCCCCGCAAACCUCCGUCAUGCGGCGGAUGAUGAGAGAUACAAUGCUCUCAUCACGCGCUUCAUUCGGGAGAAGUACACACUGCGCUAUUGUGGAGGUCUUGUUCCUGAUAUCGUGCAUGCGCUGGUGAAGGGACACGGUAUCUAUGUUUCACCCGUCUCGCCGGGUACUCUUCCCAAGCUUAGGUUCUUGUACGAGCUCUACCCGAUUGCUCUAAUUGUGGAAUGCUCGGGAGGAAAAGCCAUUGAUCCUGCCGACGGCAAACCUCUCCUUGACAAAGUAUCGGUAGACUGUGACGGGAGGGCUGGCUUGAUCUGCGGAACGGCGGAGGAGGUGGAUACUGUGAAAAAGGCCUUGCUGGGUUGA